GCCCCGCCCCCGCCCGCUCUCCCCCCGGCGGCCGCGGCCCCAUCGGUUCCAGAGCCCAGGCCAGCGCAGAGCCCAGGUCCUAGAGGCAGUUCCAGCUGGCAUGGCAACUCCAGCAUCUCUAAGAGCAGCAGGAGACCCAGCCCCAUGGGGGUCGCCCUAGACCUCCAACAGACCAACCAUCUGUGGCCCUGCCUGCCUGCUGAUCCUCAGGUCACUCACCAUGGGUGGCUGCUUCUCCAAGCCCAAGCCAGUGGAACUCAAGAUUGAGGUGGUGCUGCCUGAGAAGGAGCGGAGCAAGGAGGAACUGUCGGCUAGCGGAAAGGGCAGCCCCCGGGCCUACCAGGGCAAUGGCACAGCCCGUCACUUCCACACUGAGGAGCGCCUGCCAGCUCCCCACCCCUACCCUGGCCCUCAGGACUGCGUGGAGGCUGCCGUCUGCCAUGUCAAGGACCUGGAGAAUGGCCAGAUGCGGGAAGUGGAGCUGGGCUGGGGGAAGGUGUUGCUGGUGAAAGACAACGGAGAAUUCCAUGCCUUGGGCCACAAGUGCCCACACUACGGCGCACCCCUGGUGAAAGGAGUGUUAUCCCGUGGCCGGGUGCGCUGCCCCUGGCAUGGUGCCUGCUUCAACAUCAGCACUGGGGACCUAGAGGACUUCCCAGGCCUGGAUAGUCUGCACAAGUUCCAGGUGAAGAUUGAGAAGGAGAAGGUGUAUGUCCGGGCCAGCAAGCAGGCCCUGCAGCUGCAGCGAAGGACCAAGGUGAUGGCCAAGUGUAUCUCUCCAAGUGCUGGGCACAGUGGCAGCACCAAUGUGCUCAUUGUGGGUGCAGGUGCUGCUGGCCUGGUGUGUGCAGAGACACUGCGGCAGGAGGGCUUCUCGGACCGGAUUGUCCUGUGUACGCUGGACCGGCAUCUCCCUUAUGACCGGCCAAAACUCAGUAAGUCCCUGGAUGCACAACCUGAACAGCUGGCCCUGAGGCCCAAGGAGUUCUUCCGUGCCUAUGGCAUCGAGGUGCUCACUGAGGCUCAGGUGGUCACAGUGGAUGUGAGAAACAAGAAGGUCGUGUUCAAGGACGGCUUCAAGCUGGAGUAUAGCAAGCUGUUGUUGGCGCCAGGGAGCAGCCCUAAGACCCUGAGCUGCAAAGGCAAAGAGGUAGAGAACGUGUUCACUAUCCGGACGCCUGAGGAUGCCAAUCGUGUGGUGAGGCUGGCCCGGGGCCGCAAUGCAAUUGUCGUAGGAGCUGGUUUUUUGGGUAUGGAGGUGGCUGCCUAUCUAACUGAGAAGGCCCAUUCUGUAUCUGUGGUGGAGCUUGAGGAAACACCCUUCAGGAGGUUCCUGGGGGAGCGCGUUGGCCGUGCACUCAUGAAGAUGUUUGAGAACAAUGGGGUGAAGUUCUAUAUGCAGACAGAGGUGUUGGAGCUGCGGGCCCAGGAGGGAAAGCUGAAGGAGGUUGUACUGAAGAGCAGCAAGGUCAUUCGGGCUGAUGUCUGCGUGGUGGGCAUUGGUGCGGUGCCUGCCACGGGUUUCCUGAGGCAAAGUGGCAUUGGUCUGGAUUCCCGAGGCUUCAUCCCUGUCAACAAGAUGAUGCAGACCAAUGUCCCAGGUGUGUUUGCAGCUGGUGAUGCUGUCACCUUUCCUCUUGUCUGGAGGAACAAUCGGAAAGUGAACAUCCCACACUGGCAAAUGGCUCAUGCCCAGGGGCGGGUGGCAGCCCAGAACAUGCUGGCUCAGGAGGCGGAGAUCAGCACGGUGCCCUACCUAUGGACUGCCAUGUUCGGCAAGAGUCUGCGUUAUACGGGCUACGGAGAAGGCUUUGACGACGUCAUCAUCCAAGGGGAUCUAGAAGAGCUGAAGUUUGUGGCUUUUUAUACCAAAGGUGAUGAGGUGAUCGCUGUGGCCAGCAUGAACUAUGAUCCCAUCGUAUCCAAGGUGGCUGAGGUGCUGGGCUCUGGUCGUGCCAUCCGGAAGCGGGAGGUGGAGCUGUUCAUGCUGCACAGCAAGACUGGCGACAUGUCUUGGCUCACAGGGAAAGGAUCCUGAGUUCGAGUGUGACUUGGGCAGGCAUGCUGGGGUACAAGGAACAAAGGCCAAGCCUUGGGGGCAGGUGCCAAUCUUCAGUUUCCCAGCAUCCCGCAGGGCAGAAUUUGAGCCCUCCCAAUGCUUGCCUUUGGCUGCCUGGAUCCCUUCCAGGACGGCCUCUGCUGCCUCCAGAAGAUGCUCACCCAUCAGGGCCUCAGCUGCCACUGACAUCUGGCACUGGAGGUGGGACAGGCCAUGUCUCUUUUCCCUCUGUUGGGACUGGUCCCCUGGAGGACCCUGCAACAUGUUAGACAUUAUCUUAAAAUUAAAAUGCACACAUUUGCAGAUC